AUGGCGGCGAAUGAAGAAGCGGUGAAGUAUGUAUGGGAAGGAGCAAUUCCACUACAAAUCCAUCUCCACAAAUCCGAAGUCGCUUCUCACCCUGCUCCUCCUCCUGCUCUUGUGUUAGCACCAAGGAUAGGGUACUUGCCUCUGUUGGUUCCUCUGAUAAAGCCUUACUUCAAGGAUUCACUUCCUCCUGGUGAAGAGUCUAUCUGGUUUGAUUACAAAGGAGUUCCUUUGAAAUGGUAUAUACCAACAGGUGUUCUUUUUGAUCUCUUAUGCGCUGAACCUGAACGACCUUGGAAUCUCACUAUACACUUUAGGGGAUAUCCUACCAAUGUACUGCUUCCAUGUGAAGGAGAAGAUUCUGUCAAGUGGAACUUUGUUAAUUCUUUGAAAGAGGCGGCAUAUAUCAUCAAUGGAAACUGUAAGAAUGUUAUGAAUAUGUCUCAGAAUGAUCAAGAGGAUAUGUGGACCUCUGUUAUGAACGGUGAUCUUGAGGCCUACACAAGAUUAUUACCCAAGCUUAAAAUGGGAAAUAUCGAAGAUGAGUAUUCAAGAAAAGAAGGUUUGUCAUCUCCAAUCUCGGGACAAGGUGGGACGGAGAUAGAUAUGGCUGGACAAGUUAAGACAGCAAGGAUUCCUGUUCGGCUGUAUGUUCGAAGUGUAAAUGAAAAUUUCGAGUUUCUUGAAGAUGUACCUGAGAUGGAUACAUGGGAUGAGAUCUCGUACUUGAAUCGCCCUGUUGAGUUCCUCAGAGAAGAAGGGAAAUGCUUUACUUUGCGUGACGCCAUUGAAACUCUCCUCCCGGAGUACAUUGGAGACAGAGCUCAAACAAGUGGAGAAGAGGGUGAAGAACGAACAACAACAGAUGUAUCAGAAGAAGCAGAAGGGUCGCAGGAGACGAGGGGAGAAAUAAAACUGAUAAGAAUCCAAGGGAUUGAAAUGAAACUAGAGAUACCGUUUUCGUGGGUAGUAAAUAACUUGAUGAACCCAGAAUUCUAUCUCCACAUCUCUGUUCUUGUCAAAGCUCCUCAAAGGUAA